GGGCAGACCAGUCCGCAGCCAUGAACGGCACGGAGGGCCCCAACUUCUACGUGCCCUUCUCCAACAUCACGGGCAUGGUGCGCAGCCCCUUCGAGUACCCACAGUACUACCUGGCUGAGCCCUGGCAGUUCUCUAUGCUGGCCGCCUACAUGUUCCUGCUCAUCGUGCUGGGCUUCCCUGUCAACUUCCUCACACUCUACGUCACCGUGCAGCAUAAGAAGCUUCGCACGCCUCUCAACUACAUCCUGCUCAACCUGGCCGUGGCCGACCUCUUCAUGGUCAUUUGUGGCUUCACCACCACCCUCUACACCUCCAUGCACGGAUACUUCGUCUUCGGGGCCACGGGCUGCAACAUGGAGGGCUUCUUUGCCACUCUGGGUGGUGAGAUCGCCCUGUGGUCCCUGGUGGUGCUGGCCAUCGAGCGCUACAUGGUCGUCUGCAAGCCCAUGAGCAACUUCCGCUUUGGCGAGAACCAUGCCAUCGUGGGCGUUGCCUUCACCUGGGUCAUGGCGCUGGCUUGUGCCGCACCGCCCCUCGCUGGCUGGUCCAGGUAUAUCCCUGAGGGGAUGCAGUGCUCAUGUGGGAUCGACUACUACACGCCCAAGCCUGAGAUCAACAAUGAGUCCUUCGUCAUCUACAUGUUCGUGGUCCACUUCACCAUCCCCCUGGUCAUCAUCUUCUUCUGUUACGGGCAGCUGGUCUUCACCGUCAAGGAGGCAGCUGCACAGCAGCAGGAGUCGGCCACCACCCAGAAGGCAGAGAAGGAGGUCACCCGCAUGGUCAUCAUCAUGGUCAUCGCCUUCCUGAUCUGCUGGGUCCCCUAUGCCAGUGUGGCUAUGUACAUCUUCACCCACCAGGGCUCUGACUUUGGCCCCAUCUUCAUGACCAUCCCGGCGUUCUUUGCCAAGAGCUCCUCUAUCUACAACCCCGUCAUCUACAUCAUGAUGAACAAGCAGUUCCGGAACUGCAUGCUCACUACCAUCUGCUGUGGCAAGAGCCCACUGGGCGAUGACGAGGCCUCCACCACUGCCUCCAAGACCGAAACCAGCCAGGUGGCCCCGGCCUAAGCCCUGCUGGGGCCCCUGCAGCCGACUGUAGGACCCCCUACCCCCACAGCCAGCCCACCAAGAGUGUGCCUGCCACAACACGGCCACACAGGCAGGCCCCUGAGUUUCUUUUUAAAUAAUCAGUGAGAGAAAAAUGAGGCUCCCCUCUCCACAGGGACAGCCUGAGAAGGGACACCCACACAGCCCCCGGGUCUGGAGUCCCCCAGCUCCCAGGGCCUGGGGGUCUGUACCCCUCUCCCAGCUUGUCUCAGGAAUGCAAGAACUCUUGCUCUCUGGAAAAGUGCUCCAGCUUAGGGCUAAGUAUCUAGCACACAAUGGGGCACAAAGUAGGUGCUUAAUAAAUGCUAGCUGGAUGAAGGAAGGAAUGGGUGAAGGCUGAAUGGAGCAAUGAGUGAAGGGUGAAUAGAUAGGAGGACACAUCCAUCCUCUCAGACCCUGUGACACACAGUGAUGAGUCAAGCAGUGGUUCCCCACCAUGACACAGGACCCCAAAGCCUGGCCCUGACAGCACACGGCCACUGCAAAGAACAAAUGAGAUUGUGCGUGUGUUUAUGUGGGUAUGUGUGCACGUGUGUGUGUGUUUAAGCACUUUGUAAAUAGGAGCUGUACAGAUUGCAGUCUACAUUAUGAACAAUAUCAACUAAUAGAAUGAAAUAUGAUGGU